AUGAGGCACGCAUACCUAUUGUCAGGUCUGCUGGGUGGUGCUCUGGCGGCAUUGGACGGUCUGUGCCCUCCUCUAGGCGCGGUACUGCCUGCGCCAAAGACACCGAGGUCGAAUGCACAUUUGCAGAAGGAAAUGUCCGUCUUGAAUGAGACCUUGCACAACAUUACUGCAUCUCUAGAGAAAUCCGCCAUCUCCUUUGGUGUCCAGUCCAUUCAUGAGGCCAAGCCCAUACUGGAGUUCCACUUCACGCCCGAAAACUAUGGCGCCAAUGGAGUCAAGAAGGUCGAUGCAGACACAGUGUAUCGAUUGGCCAGCACUUCAAAACUAUUCCCCGUCCUUGCUGUCUUGAAGACUGAAGGCAUGGAUUUGAACGAUCCCAUCACAAAGUUUCUGCCCGAACUUCGAAAUCUCGGCAAGCAAUCUAGAAUGCGGAACCAGAUGUGGAUGGUUGAUUGGGAUGACAUCACACUUGGUGCCCUCUCGUCACAUUUAGGUGCUCCCUCUGAUUUGGUAAUAGACCUCUCCACAGAUUCGAGCAACAAUUGGACAGACAUUGGCUUUCCGGAGAUUGAUAAUUCGAUCCAGCUUAAUUGUUCCAUCAAAGGCGAUCCUCCUUGUCCGGAAAAUGUGUUCUGGGAUCUCUUUGGUCAACGCCCUCCUGUGUACCCUCCGUUUACAGAUGCCGUGUAUUCCAACGUUGCCUUUGCCCUACUCAGCUGGGCCGUGGAGAUGACCACCAAUGUGACUUUCUCCGAUUAUGUCCGCCAAACCAUCUGGGAACCCACGGGCAUGCAUCACACAUUCGUCAGCAAGCCCGAUGACAGUCUCGGUGCGAUUCCUGUCGACGAUACGUGGUGGACGGCCACUGUAGGCCUCGAGAAGGCCGCUGGCGACUAUUACUCGAGUCUUUCAGAUAUGCUCGAUUUUGGAAUUUCCAUUCUUAAAAAUGAGCAGCUUUCUCCAGUCGGCACGCGGCGCUGGCUCAAGCCCGUGGCUCCCACAUCGUCAACUGCCACAUUACUCGGCACGCCAUGGGAAGUUUACCGGUUCACCAAUGUGACCAAGGACGGGCGUCUGAUUGAGCUCUACACCAAGAUGGGCAACAUCUUUGACUAUAAUUCAAACUUUGUCUUGAUUCCCGAUUAUGAUAUUGUUUUCCAGGUAUUUACGGCUGGCCCCGAGACGUCCGCAUUUACUGUCCUAGCCAUUACGACGGCCGUGAUCAAUGCACUACUGCCCGCGCUGGAGGAGGCUGGCAAGGAAGAGAUGCGAAAGACGCACACCGGAACUUAUAGUGACGCAGCAUCCAAUUCGUCCAUCACCUUGUCGCUCAAUGACGAGAACCCUGGCAUCAAGGUCACCAAUUGGACAGUUCGGGGUGUUGAUAUUUUUGAAUCGUUCCCCACCAUUGAGAGGGCCUUUAUCAAGGGCACUGCCACGGAUCCUGGAGCUAAGACUGAGGACAAGAAAGACGAGGAGAAUGUCAGGAUGAGACUGUACCCGACGGGUCUGGAGGCAGAGGACCAGAGCUCCUGGAGAGGUGUGACCACAUUUGGCACAGCUGAGCAGCUGGCUGCGGUGGACAAGCAAUUUCUAUGGCCCAUGGCCACAUGCAUCACCUGGGCGCAAAUGGAUAGGAUAGUGUAUGGCCUCCAGUCGCAGGACCACUUCAUUUUCACGCUUGAUGAAGCAGAAGACGGAAAAGAGGCGGUCACAGUAGAACUGCCGGCGUAUCGUGUCACGCUUCGCAAGGAGACAAUUGCCCUCGGACCGAGCGAAAGUCAAAAGCCUUUGGAUAGCUACUAG